GGGCAGGGCGGGGAGAGUGCGCAUCAGUGUGGCUUCGGCCACCUUAGCCUACUGGGUACAAGUUGCGCUAACGAAUCGUCUCGUUAACCUCGAAUCUAUUUUACUAUUUACCACUCAGCAUGUCACAAGAUGUCUUGCUUAGUUGACUGUUGUAUCUGAGUUGAUGUUGUUGCGGCUGCAGUUUGCGGGUGGCGGCCGCGCGCGGCGCCGCCGCCGCCGCGGUGUCGUUCAAUGUCGUGCAAUGUUAGCGCCGGCGGUCGCUUGUCGCUAGUCUGCCGUGCGUCGUGGGUCCUUGUCGUCGGUGUGGUCCGCUCGCGGCCGUAGGUGACUAGGCUAGAGCUGUUCGGUGUCGUGUCGAACCGCCCGCCGUGUGUGUGUGUGUGUGUGUGAGUGUGCGCGCCUCGGCUUGCCCGCACGAGACCGCCCGUCGCGCCCGGCACGCGGCGCACCGGGCUCUCUGCACACUCAUGGUCAUCGGGCUCAGCUGGGCUCCGGCUUGCGGUCAAGACAUCGUGUUCGGCAGGCCCUUCGACAAGCCCGUGUCAUCAUCGUCCUCCUUCAUUGAAAUUCCGGCGAAUGUGCCCGGCAGCGACGUGGUGCUUCUGCGCGGCGGCGACGGCCAGUCCGACUGCCGGGACCCCGACCGUCAUCUGGGCCGCUGCGGCGUGUUCCAGGAGUGCCGGCCGCUGACCAGCACCCUGCUGCCGCUGACCACGGGCAGCGUGCGCUACCUGAGGCGCUCGAUCUGCCGCUUCAAAGGCGGCCAGGCGAUCGUCUGCUGUCCGCACGACCCGCCACGGCUGGAGGCGACCACGGCGGCGCCGCCCUCGCUCGGCGACGAGUCGCGCCCGACGCCACCGGCGCCGACGGAGCCGGGCCCGACGGCAGGGAGCGGGACGGAGACCGCCACCGAGUCCGGCGCGGGCGGCGAGGUCAAGCCCACCGAGCCCGCUGAGGUCGAGACCAGCACGGCCACAGCGACCGAGGUGGCUGCGACGACGCCAGCUGAGCCUGAGGACGAGUCCGCGGUGCCGCCGACCGGCACCGAGGCCCCGGUGCAGGUGGUUGACGCUGUGCCCGGCACCGUCCAGCCGGACGCCUCCACAACGUCCGCGUCCCCCGAGCCCUCCUCGGAGACGAUGGCGCCGGACGCCGACUCGGCUGGUGCCGGCGCUGACUCGACAACGGAGGCUGCGGUGGAGGCGGAGGCCACCGCGCCGCCCGCCGAGAUGAACACCGCGCCGCCCGCCACCACCACUGCCGUGGUAGACUCCACCACCCCCGCCAGCGCCGGGGACACCACCGGGGAGCCGGGAGCCGGGAGCGCGGAGCCGGGGCAGACCAACGGUCUCCGACUGGAGGAGGACGGCAGGGGCGAGCCGGUCGCCCCGCCGGGUCUGGACACGUGCGGCUACAGGAACGUCAGCGCCAACCGCAUCAUCGGCGGUCGCAUCGCCGAGCCCAACGCCUGGCCAUGGCUGGCGGCUCUCGGUUACGAGUUUACGGAGAACAAGAUCGAAUUCUUCUGUGGAGGAGCCCUGCUCACAGACCAGCACGUUCUCACGGCCGCCCACUGCAUCAAACCGGAGCUAAAGACGGUCCGGCUCGGAGACCAUGACUUGUUCAACGAAACCGAAGUGAACACCGUGGUUGAACACCCGGUCCUGGCCAGCUUCCCUCAUCAGGAGUACAACAAUCGUACCUUAUUCCACGACAUUGCCAUCAUCAAGCUGCGAACUCGUGUGAAACUUACCGACGCUGUGCAUCCUGUUUGCCUUCCCAUUGUUCCUGAGAUGCGAGAGUUGAAUCUGGUCAGGAAAACGGCCUUCAUCGCUGGAUGGGGGACCACAAAGUUCAAGGGCGAGGCCAGCGAGGUGCUGCGCGAGGCGACCGUGCGCGUCCAUCGCCAGCAACUGUGCAAGCAGCGGUACCGCGCGCUGCGACACAAGAUUAUCGACAACCAGAUGUGCGCCUCCUCAAAAGGACAGGACUCGUGCCAGGGCGACAGCGGCGGUCCGAUGCUGUUCCCGGGUCGGGUGACCACCAACUGGUACGUCAUGGGCGUGGUGUCGUUCGGCCUCCGCUGCGGCGAGCCCCGCUUCCCCGGCGUCUACACGCGCGUCGUACCAUACCUCGACUGGAUCACCGACAACCUGCGCUAGGGGCGCCGCCGGCCCCGGCCGGGUCACGGCACGUGCGCCCUCGGCCCGGUGACCGGUGACCCUCCGGCUCCGGGGUCCUGGGUUCCUCGGGGCGCAGUCGCUCGAGACCCGUCGCUGGGUCGGUGAAUACAGACAACGGACUCGGCGAGUCAACGUAUAAAGACAACGAAGACAGGCGAUGCGGGCACGUGACUGCCCGCUCCUCGCUCGGGGCGUAGAGAAAGCAUGACACAUGAAAAGACACUAGAUGAAAGAAUGAUAACAUAUAGAGCAGUUUUCCACGGCCCGAAUGCUUGUGGUUGCUCGCUUUUUCUGAGGGCCGUCAUUGAAAAACUACAGGGUGGCGUUGUUGUGUCUGCGGACCGUCGGGCCUUCGUUGAAAGGCGGGCAUUGUUGAGCCACGGACCCGCCUGCUGUGAAGUGUAAGCCUGAUGAAGUGGUAUGCCAGUGGAACGAGAGAUAGACCAGCCAGGAUACCAACUGGAUAUGUGAUCACCGUGUCUCCUACAGGCUGUUUUGGCCAUAAUAUGUAUGCUCGCUCCAGCUGCUGUGGCGACCUGGCCGCGCCAUCGCAUGCAUGGCUUCGUCACAGCGGCGAGCCCGUAAGGUCCGGAGGAAACACUGCUCUGCACGGCUCGUGUGCCGGCGGUGCAUUACGGCCAGAGCUGUUCGUUAUCUUCGUAUCGUUGGAUGUUUGUGGAGACGUUUCAGGAUCCUUGGAUUGGGCAACUUGAACUGAGCAAUGGCGUGCUGUCAGUGAGGCCUGGACUUGCCCAAACUCGUCAUGCUUCUAAGAUGAGCUUAUUAAUGUAAUGCUAGUAGGAGACACUCCUGCUCGGGGACCGAACAUUUGUGUCGGUUUCGUCAAGUUGAACAAUGUCUGCGGCAAACUUGCUCCCUGGUUUAUGAUUCCGUAAAUAUAGUUGGACUUCGUCGAUAACCUGUUUACUCAAUGUGCCGGCGUCAUGGCACACCAGCUAAGACCACUCGGGAUAUCGAAUACCAAGCACUACAACUGGACUGAUAAAUACGGGAAGGCCACACCACGCUCCACGUCCGCAGACGCAAGCCAUCCAUGUGAUCCGGCCCGCAGGUGCAAGCCAUCCGUGUGUUCCGGUCCGCAGACGCAAGCCAUCCGUGUGUUUCGGUGCGCAGAUGCGAGCCACCCAUGUGUUCCGGCCCGCAGAUGCAAGCCAUCCGUGUGUUCCGGUCCGUAGACGCAAGCCAUCCGUGUGUUCCGGUGCGCAGAUGCGAGCCAUCCGUGUGUUUCGGUUCAAAACCGUGAACAAAAUAUUGACAGAAUGGCAAUGCCCGGUUGGAACAAGUGAGUCAAUGUAGAUCACGUUAAAGAAAGGCAUACCAGCAGGUGGUUGGUGGCAGGCGGGUGUUUCUCCACAACGUUCCGCAACAGUGAGACAGUUGGGCCGCUGCUCCUUUCCAGCAGAGCAGCACUCGCAUCACCUGCAGGACCUAGCAUGCUGACUGCCGCGUUCCCAUCCAUGACUGAAUUUAGUGAGGUAACGCUAGCAGAAAAGACAUCCAUUCUCUUGAUUCUGAACAAGGCCAGUGCCACGUGUUUCGUGUGUGUGUUUUGUCUAGCAUGAGAGUUUACCACGGACUGAAUUUUGGUGGUCCGGCUCGGUUCAGUCGCAACAACGUCAUGUUCACGCGCCACCAAUCCGCCUUGUUAACAGGCUGGAAAUCCGGUUGUCUCCAUUCCGUCAAAGCAACAAAUUUUCAAUACAAUCCUUCCAGUCCGUCACAUUCCAGCUCUGAUAACUACAUUCACAUCAGCCGGUGUGCAUGGAAACUUUCUAUAGUGCCUGAACUGGGUACACGGUAUGCUGAUUCGUGAAACGUGUUUUAUGUGACGUAAAUGGGCAUAUCUAACUUCUGCAACUGACAUGGCAAACUCCAAUCAGUUCCCAGGUGUUUACGCUACCUGAUUUGGAAUCCAUUUCAAUACUAACGUGUACAUUAGAGUUACACACAUUCAGUUCUGUUUCCAGAAGGGUGAAAGCUUGACACGGAGGCUUGUAACACUUAUAGCGCCAAGUUUGAGGUCCCCUGGGAGCUCAUUGUGCAGGAAGGAAACUUUUUGCCUGCCCACAGUGUUUGUGACCAGUGAUGUUCCCAAAGAGGCUGUCGCUACAUUUUGGCCCGCAUCUUGUCAACUUGAACGUGCGAUCAGAAUCUGAAGCGACCACCUUUGGUGUGAAAUGAACAUUUGAGAACAAAAUGGGUCAUGGUUAACGUAGACGCGUUAACGACUACACUGUCGGCACCUUCCGCUUCGACUUAACUCGUGCUUUUGCAUGCGGGCUCACUCGACAGCCAACGGUCUCUGAGAGAAGAGAGCCGAACAAUUAACAGAGUCCUUGACUCCCCCACAUCCUCAGCGAUGGCAACCGGAGAUGGCAAUGAUCGAGCCCCUCGUUUCUGAUGCUGGUGUUGAUUCAGUCC